AAAAGACUCCCCAGCUUAUAUAUUUUACCCCUGUAAGAUGAAUGACUUGGAUUAUAUUCAACUGUUAUUCUCAGUCAACCGACUUGUGCGACUUGGAUUGUAUAUGCCCACACAAUACAAUUGUCGCGAAUUUUACCAGAAACAUUUCCCAAUCUACAAUUUUAGACUCUCAAAUUGCUCUCUCAUCGUCCCGAAUAUACUGAAGACUUUACAAUUCAGGAUCGCUCAGUGACUCUCAGUUCAUUACAAUGGGGCUAUCGCACUUAGCCCUAGCAUGGAUAUCAGCGUUGCCUUCUGCUGUUGCCCUCACAGCUGCAGAAUGGCGCUCACAAUCCAUUUACCAAGUUCUGACUGAUAGGUUUUCUCUCACAAACGGGGCAACUAACUCUCCUUGCAACACCGGAGACCAGGUCUACUGUGGAGGCACCUGGCAGGGGAUCAUCAAGAACCUGGAUUAUAUAAAGAACAUGGGAUUUACUGCCAUAUGGAUAUCACCAGUAGUAUCCAAUCUAGUUGGCGAUAGCUCUGAUGGGGAGGCUUAUCAUGGGUAUUGGGCCCAGAAUAUCUACGAAGUGAAUACCAACUUUGGUUCUGCUGCAGAUUUGUUAGCAUUAUCUGAGGCUCUGCACAGUGCCGGUAUGUAUCUGAUGGUUGAUAUUGUUACCAAUCACAUGGGAUACCUUGGAUGUGGAAGUUGUGUCCAAUAUAAUAUAUUCAACCCAUUUAACUCGCAAUCCUAUUACCAUCCCUUCUGUCUGAUCAACUAUAACUCCAACAACAUGACCCAGAUACAGGAUUGCUGGGAAGGCGACAAUACGGUGUCUUUGCCAGACCUUGCCACCGAAGACGCCAACGUUCAUAGCAUGUGGCAAUCUUGGAUAACACAGCUCGUGGCUAAUUAUACCAUCGACGGUCUAAGAAUGGAUAGCUGCUUUGAACUGGAUUAUGCAUUUUUUGAACCAUUUCAAGCCUCAGCAAAUGUCUACAUUGUUGGCGAGGUUGAUAACGGCAACCCGGCUAUUGUUUGCCCAUAUCAAAAAGACUACGGUCUGAACCCUCUGAACUACCCUGCGUAUUAUUGGAUAACUCAAGCUUUCCAAUCGACCAGUGGUAGUAUAAGUAACCUUGUCGCGGGAAUCAACACAAUGAAAUCCGAAUGCUCCGAUACAACUCUUCUCGGCUCCUUCAUGGAAAAUCAUGACAACCCGCGCUUUCCUUCCUAUACAUCUGAUAUUUCACUUGCAAAGAACGCCAUUGCAUUCACCAUGCUUGCAGACGGAAUCCCCAUCAUAUAUGAAGGCCAAGAACAACACUUGAAUGGGGGCGGUGUUCCUAAUAAUCGCGAAGCAGUCUGGCUAUCGGGAUAUAACACUUCCGCUACGCUAUAUUCUCAUAUCAAAUCGCUGAAUCAAAUUCGAAGAGAAGCUAUCAAACAAAGCAGUGCUUACGUGACAUCCCAAGCCGAUGUCACAUACUCUGAUAAUUCCACCAUUGUCACACGGAAAGGCAGUGCGGGAUUUCAAAUCGUCGGCGUUUUCUCUAAUCGUGGCGCCAAUGGUAAUAAUUACACCUUGACAUUGACAUCAGCUGAUACUAGUUUCACCAACAACGAAGAAAUUAUUGAAGUACUGUCGUGUACGGCUUAUUCCACAGACUCGAGCGGCAACCUCGCUGUGGCCAUGUCUAGCGGUCUCCCUAGGGUAUUUUAUUCAAGGGCGAAUUUGAGUGGGAGCGGCAUUUGCGCUAGCUUAACGGGAUCUGGUGGUGGUACGGGAUUCACGACGACCUCAACGUCUCCAACUUCUUGCACAGCCAUCCCUGUAAAAUUCGACGAAACAGUCACCACAACAUUUGGACAGACAAUCAAGAUAAGCGGGGACAUUAGCUCCCUCGGAAAUUGGGAUACGGCUAAUGCUAUCGCGCUCUCUGCAGCCGAUUACACCAGUUCUAACCCCUUGUGGUUUGUAACAUUAGAGCUAACCCCGGGGCAAGUGGUGGAAUACAAGUUCAUCAAUGUGGCUGAGAAUGGUGCUGUUACUUGGGAGGCGGAUCCCAAUCACACGUAUACGGUUCCGAUGGCCUGUACAGCUACACCUACUAUUACAAAUACUUGGCAAACGUAAUUACGUAUUUAUAGGUAUUUUUAAGACUUCAGAGUAGCAACUAUGUACGAUUGAUCAAAUACAGGCCAGCAUUGUCCG